CACACACACAAGCACACACACACGCACACACACAUAAAACCCUGGAGUUCCUCCAAAGGCCUCACAACGCCUGCAUCAGACACAGUGGCUACAGUUGUUGAGAGGUAAUAUCUGACGAAGGAUGCUCGUGUUAAAGUGGAUCAGCAUCACCCUGCUGCUGCUCCACCUGUCUGGCUCAGCCAUCACAUCCCCUCUUUCCAUGCACACGCCCGCCCCUCCUCUGCCCUCACACAUUUGGCCUCCCUUCCCCACCAUCCUCCCUUCUGGACCGUCUCUCUCUCUCAGCAUCCCUCCCAUCAGAGAAGAUUCUGCUGGAGGAGCCCGCUGUCCUCUCACCAUGUCUCCUCCCACCCUGGUGGUCAGGUUUGGAGAUCCAGUCAGAGCUAACUGCUCAUUGUCUAGGACAGGCUUCUCUCUGCUGGGAUGGGAGGUGUCACUGGUGGCUCCUGAGCCCACCAUGGAGCACUUUCUGGUUUGGAGUGUGGACAACAUGACCGAGUGGAGUGUCUCACCCGUGUGCUAUGCUGUGUCCAACCUGGAAGGAUCCUGUCACCUUCCACUGCCUGUUGUUGUUUACAAGCUUCCAGACAGCGUGUCCAUCGGCUUCGUCAAUCACUCAGGCCCGCUGUUGGAGCACCGCCAGUACACCCUGCAGUGCACGGUCCAUGACGUGGCCCCCGCCCGGAACCUAGUCGUGACCUUCUACAGAGGCCAAACUAAACUGGGGCGACUACAUUCCGACGUGACGGAGGAGACGCCCGUGACCGAGGUCUUCAGGCUGGAUGUCCGCCCCGGGAGAGAAGACGAGGAGGCGCCCUACUGGUGUGAGGCUGAGGUACAACUGCAGCCAGAAGGCUCGCCGCAGAGACCUCUGGUGGUCACGUCACAAAAACUCCCCGUCGACGUCCUCUUCGGCCCGCAGCUCCUCUGUCCUGCAAAGCUGCGGGUGAGAAUGGGAGAAAGCCUCCGCUGCGAGGUCAAAGGAAACCCCCAACCGUCGGUCAUCUGGCUGAAAGAUGGCCGCCGGGUGGUGCCUCCCCUUCACUCCACGCGGGAGCACGCCGGGAAGUACACGGUCUUGGCCAGCGGGCCUGUUGGGCAGAGGAACGUGACAGUAGACGUGGAGGUGAUCACAAGCAGAGGCACGGCACGGAGCAGAAAAACCCACUUCCUGUUGGCGGCCAUGCUUCUGACCCUCAACUGGCUGUAAAACCUUCCCAAGGAUCAAGUCUCACUGCUGUUAGGACAUUUGCUGUCAUUAAUGAGGGCUUUCUCCUGAGAGCUGCUGUGCAGGUACUUUUUACAAACCCCAACAGAAAGGGGGAUUCAUUUGGCCACAUUGGUCGCGGUUUACCUGACACAUGAAAAGUGACAAAUUUGGGAUGUGCACAAUCCACUUUAGCCGCCAGUCGGCAGUAGAGUGUUGAAUAUCUCAGUGUGUUUUGUGGCAAUUCCAUCUUUGACCACAGCCUCAGUUGCUGUGUAGAGUGGCGCUUUCCAUCAUUUUCAGCAGACUGCAUUACAUGAUAAACACCCCUGUUCCUUUCACAGGAAGUGGGCCAUAUGAAUCCCUUCCUUACUGUCCACUAGUCCAGUACUAAUAGGCAUACUUGCCAACCCUCCCGAUUUUCCCGGGAGACUCCCCAAUUUCAGUGCUCCUCCCGAAAAUCUCCCGGGGCAACCAUUCUCCCGAUUUCCACCCGGACAACAUUAUUGGGGGCGUGCCUUAAAGGCCUCUCUCACCUGAAAAGGAGACUAUUAUAUAUGUCUCCGUUAUCCAUAGGUUUAUCUAUAACCCAUAAAGUAGGCAGGCACGGAGCUAUUUCUCAGCGUGUGUUUAUUCCAGCCGGCACGUUAAUACACUGACACACAACAUCCGGAUUCCCAUCAUGCAUUGCUUCAAAACUACGGCAAGUAGUAAUGUCCAAAAACAUAACAGAGACGAAGCAGAAGAACGAAGAAGAGACAUGGCGACGACGAGUAAGAAGAAGAAGUACACUUGCAAGUUCCAAAAUGAUUGGAAAAAAUAAUUUCAGUUCAUCCAGGACAGCUGGAAGGGGAAGGAGUAUGCUGCCUGCAUUUUGUAGAUCAGAAUUCUCCAUUGAACACGGUGGCCGAAUGGAUAUACUCAUUCAUACUUGAAAUACUUGAAAAUAUAUACACCCCCCCAUUUCCCGAAUUCGGAGGUCUCAAGGUUGGCAAGUAUGCUAGUAGGUCAGGAUUUAUUCAUUAAGGGGUUUGCACUCAAACUGGAAUAAACACUUUUGCCUGUUCUUGGUAAAGCUUUUGAGUUUGGAAUCUGGGUACUGACAUGACCUCUGAACCCAGCUACCUGAACUAUCUCACAACUGAUAGUCAAACUCAAUAAAGUCCGUCCUUUGACCUCAGCUGCAUUGACUGAGAUUUCCUAUUUUCAAGAACUACCCGACGUUUUAUCUGGGGAAACUUGACAGGUGACCAGGAAAGUACAGAAUACUGACGUUCAAAAGGUACAAACCCCAAAACCAGUGAAGUUGGCACGUUGUGUAAAUGGUAAAUAAAAACAGAAUACAAUGAUUUGCUAAUCCUUUUCAACUUAUAUUCAAUUGAAUAGACUGCAAAGACAAGAUAAUGUCAAACUGAGAAACUUAAUUUGUUUUUGUAAAUAAUCAUUAACUUAGAAUUUAAUGGCAGCAACACAUUGCAAAAAAGUUGGCACAGGGGCAUUUUUACCACUGUGUUACAUGGCCUUUCCUUUUAACAACACUCAAUAAACGUUUGGGAACUGAGGAGACACAUUUUUGAAGCUUUUCAGGUGGAAUUCUUUCCCAUUCUUGCUUGAUGUACAGCUUAAGUAGUUCAACAGUCCGGGGGUCUCCAUUUUGGUGUUUUCGGCUUCAUAAUGCGCCACACAUUUUCAAUGGGAGACAGGUCUGGACUAUAUGCAGGCCAGUCUAGUACUCGCACUCUUAUACUAUGAAGUCACGCUGUUGUAACACGUGGCUUGGCAUUGUCUCGCUGAAAUAAGCAGGGGCGUCCAUGGUAACGUUGCUUGGAUGGCAACAUAUGUUGCUCCAAAACCUGUAUGUACCUUUCAGCAUUAAUGGUGCCUUCACAGAUGUGUAAGUUACCCAUGUCUUGGGCACUAAUACACCCCCAUACCAUCACUGAUGCUGGCUUUUCAACUUUGCGCCUAUACCAGGGGUAGGGAACCUAUGGCUCGCCAGCCAGAUGUGGCUCUUUUGAUGACUGCAUCUGGCUCUCAGAUAAAUCUUAGCUGACAUUGCUUAACAACGAUAAGUAAUGAAUAAUUCCGCUGGAAAUCAGUGUUAAAAAUAACAUUCAAAACAUAAAACAUUCUCAUGCAUUUUAAUCCAUCCAUCCGUUUUCUACCGCACCUGUUCAAGAAGUCACAUUAAUGGUUAUUUAUUAUUGAUUAGCUUCAGAAAAACAAUGUUAUUAAAAAGAAUGAGACCUUUUAUUCUCAAAAAUGUUGGUCUUGCUUAAAAAUGCACGCAUUUAGUUGUAUUUAGUGUUAAAAAAUAUUAUAUGGCUCUCACAGAAAAACAUUUUGAAAUUAUUUGGCUUUCAUGGCUCUCUCUGCCAAAAAGGUUCCCGACCCCUGGCCUAUACCCAAUCAUGGCACCCACCUGUUCCCAAUUAGCUUGUUCCAAAUAAGUGUUUGAUGGGCAUUCCUCAACUUUCUCAGUCUUUUUUGCCACUUGUGCCAGCUUUUUUAAAACAUGUCGCAGGCAUCAAAUUCCAAAUGAGCCAAUAUUUGCAAAAAAUAAAGUUUCUCAGUUCGAACAUUAAAUAUCUCGUCUAUGCAGUCUAUUCAAUUGAAUAAAAGUUGAUUUGCAAAUCAUUGUAUUCCGUUUUUAUUUACCAUUUACACAACGUGUCAACUUUACUUUACUGGUUGUGGGUUUUGUACAUUGGUUGAAACACAGUGGUCCACAACCACCGAUCCAGGGACCGGUAGCGGUUUGUGACGCGUUUGCUAACGGGUCGCAACAUAAAAUUAAAAAAACGACUGCUUUCUUCGACUUAACUUUCGCCUGUCCCACUAGACCAGACCUGGGCAAAUUAAGGCCCGGGGGCCACAUGCGGCCCGUUGAGCUUUUCAGUCUGGCCCGCCGGACAUUCCCAAAUAAUUUUUUUAGAUCUUUAAGAUGGAAAGUGUAGCUGCCAUUAUGAUGUGCAGUGAUGUUUUCUAAUGACCGCAAGUUUUCAACUAUACAAAGUAUUUCAAUGGUUGGAAUCUGCGCUUAUGGAUGAUAUGCCAGUUACUAUGGUAAUCUAAUUAGUUACUAUGGUCAUCGAAUUAGUUACUAUGGUAAUCUAUGUCACAGCAGCUCAGACGAGGCACCAAGCAGUGUGGGCGGGAAGCGUUUCCACAGACGCGGAGGGAGCUUUUCACAACAAAGUUCUAAAGCUUAGUGAUAUAUCAGAUUGUAGGUGGGUUUAUUUUGUACCUUUCGUGUUCAUAUUUCACUGUUUGUUGCAUUUUUGUUGCGUUUCACUUGAUUGUAAAAUAUGUCGAUCGAAAGGGGGUGUGACAUUCAUAUUUUGUCAAUAUUCAAUGUUUUAUCGUUCAUAGAAAAACUUAAAAUUCCAUCACGUUUUUUAAGGCGGUCUGUCAUAACGAUUUUAGCAUUCAAUCAGACAUUAUUGUGAAGUUUUGUAUUAGUGUCCCUAAAAAUAGAUAUACCGGUCCCCAGACACAUUUUUUCUCUAAAUGUGGCCCCCGAGUCAAAAUAAUUGCCCAGGCCUGCACUAGACCGAAGGUGUCCAAAGUGACACAUUCUAAAAAUACUAUUACAAAAAAAGCGUGGGGGAAAAAAAA